AGUCGAGGGGUGAUGCGCUGGACGACGAGUAUAAAGUCCUGUUUGCGGAAGUAGAGAAGAUGGGUCCGCGUAAGUUUUCAUAUAUCAAGGAUGCUUUAUAUCGAAGUUAACUUCUGUUCUCUAGCUCUGUUCAUUUCUCUUCAGUUGCCACCGGGUUCUUCCGCUCCCGCGGAUAACAAUGGGCGGUCCUCUGUAGCGGCAAUGUCUGGUCUCACUUGCUAUUCUUCCCCCUUAUCAUUCUCACCAGAUCCGGCAUUCGAUUCCCGAAACGACUGGGGCUUCCCAACCGAACCCUGGCCUACAUCAUCUGCUACAAUGUCGAGUGAGAGUUCUAUCACAUAUUUGCCCGCCGUAUUCAACAAUACAAGCCUAGGCCAGCCGGACCCCACCACUACCCCCUCCCCGAACGUAAGCUUAGCCCAACCCGUCCAGGAAGAUUCACAAAGCAAACAUGCACAGUAUUGGAAAUCUUCUUAUAUAUCAUUAGUAUGUCCUAAGUGCCCAGACAAACGCUACACCGGCACUUGGGCCCAUCGAAACCUCAAUCGCCACAUGGAGUCAGUGCACUCACCUUAUAUGUCUCCAGACGGACUUCGGAUGUUUCGCUGUGAAGCGGAGGGUUGUAAUGUGUCAUUUCGGAGGGCAGACGCAUUGCUGGUGCAUGAAAGGCGAUCUCAUCCAGAACUGAAUCGGCCGCCACCACGAAAAAAGAAGAGAUCUUGCGACCCAUAAUUAUAUUUAAAACAGGGGGAGUAAUGCAAUAAUUUCAUCCAUACUCUUGUAUUCAUCUGAGCUUCUUACAUCUUGAUCCCUUGAUGACUUAUGGAUGGUUCGAGCCCUUGUGCGACCAUUUUCUUAGAGCAGUUUCAUCCCCACUAUUAAUACCUUCC